CCAAGUAACAUGCGUUAAUGUUUACAUAUUCUUCUCCAUCUGUGCUCGUGUUCAUUUCUCUGACGAAAUCGUCGUUAAUUAAUACUUUGACGCCAAUUUUAUAACAUUAUAGCGACUUCUUGAAAAUUUCUUUUAGCAUGAAGAAGAUAAAGUUAGAGACAACAGACGGUCAGUCCACUGCACAUAUUACAAAAACCAACGAUGAAAGUUCUCAUUCUCUCAAGAAAAAGAAGAAAAAGAAAAGUAAAUUCAAGAUUCAGGACUCAGAAGUAUCUACUACAACUGAUGUAAAACAAGAGUUGCCAGUACCUCUUGACAAAAUAAAAAUUGAAAAAGGUGAGAGGGACGAUUUAAGGGUUAAGCUGAGUGUGCUGUGGCUUAACUACAAACCUCGUUCUACUACUCUUAUUAAAAGUGGAAUCAGUUGGUUUGAGCAGCUUAUUAAAGAGGAUCCUGAAGGAGUACAAAUUGAUCCUUUAACCAAGAAGGAUUUAAAAGACAUUGCCUCAAAAAUACUUAGCCAAGAUGCAGAAAAUUACAAGAAAAUUGAAGAGAGACACUCGAAAAAGGGUGACAUGGAUUUCCGCAAGACUGUGUACAAUGUCGGCACUUUCCGUGACAAGCUGGCAGCCCACGUUCUGCGAUGCAUGGAGUCUCCUGCUCACUCAUUACAUAACUUGAAUGCCAUAAUAACGAUGAUAUCUCCCAAAGCCAAAAAUGAAUUUGAAGAAGCAUUAGAUUCAGUUCAAAAGCUUCUUGAUACCACACUUCUUCCUGAAAAAAGAGUUGCCCGAAGGUUUGAGGACCACAAGUUUUCUUGCCUUGUGCCUCUGCUUGCAAGUAAUAGGGAACAGGCAGAGAAACAGCUUGCUCUUUGGUACUUUGAAGAUCAACUCCUCUGUGCCUUCCAGAGGCUUAUUUCACAGCUUGCACAGGUAACAAGCUAUACAGUAGAUAACACAAAGAUAAUUGGUAUCAAAAGUUUGGUAAAUCUUGUAACAAAACAUCCUGGGCAAAAUACAGAAUUUGUGUUGGAAGCUAUAAUAAACAAAUUGGGCGAUCCAUCUAGGAAAGUGGCCUCUCAAACCAUGUAUUCACUCCAUCGGUUUCUACAGCGAUGUCCCCACAUGAAAAAUAUGGUGGUGAACUUAGUGGAAAUUUUAUUGUACAGACCCAAUGUCACUCCAAAAACACAGUACUACUCUCUGUGUUAUUUAAAAGACAUCAUCUUUGGUAAUAAUGACUCCAAGCUUGCUGCUAAAUUGUUGAAACUUUACAUUGGCUUUUUUAAGGCCUGCACAAAGAAGGGUGAGGUUGACACAAGAAUGAUGUCUGCAUUGUUGCGUGGGAUAAAUAGAGCUUUUCCAUUUUCACGUCUGCAAGGUGAGGCCCUGCAGGAACAGCUUCAAAUACUUUACAAACUUUGCCAUAUUGUGAACUUUGCUAUAGCUACGCAGGCAUUGCAGCUUAUUUAUCAAGUAGUGACCAGCAAAGAUCAAGUUGAAGACCGCUUCUAUCAGGCCCUCUAUGGUCAGAUACAUGAUCCAGCUUUCGGCACAUCAUCAGGGAAUGCUGCAUUUUUAAAUCUGGUAUUUAAGGCUAUGGCGCGAGAUGACUCACUGGAGAGACGUCAGGCUUUUGUGAAAAGACUCCUGCAGGUUGCCCAGUAUCAGUCACCUCAUCUGAUAUGUGGAAUCUUAUUUCUCAUUUCUGAAAUCAUGAAAGAGAAAACUGAUAUGAUUGAGGCUGUUAAGGCAGUGUUGCAGAGCCAUCCAGCUUGUGGAGACGCAGAUGAUUUUGAGACAUUUGAAGAUGUAGAUGACGCUGACGUUGAAGCUGAUAUGAAAGAAGAAGUCAAAGAAGAAAUUGAUCCUGUUGAGAAAUAUGAUAUAAAGGAGGAAUCUGAUCAUUAUAAGCAGGAAUUAGAUGAGGAUGACGACUCUGAUUGUAUGAAGUCACAGUCAGUUUUUGUGCCUGUUCCUCACAGUUCAUCUUGGUUUCAUUGUUCAAAUACUUCUACAACAAAAACAUUGAAAAGAAAUUUUUAUGAUCCAUACCUACGUAACCCUCAGUAUUGUGGCGCACACUUUACCUCACUGUGGGAACUGCUACUUCUACAGGCUCACUUCCACCCAUCGGUUGCUGUCUUUGCUGAAAAAAUUAUAAACGGAGAAUUGGUUUCCUAUUCUGGGGAUCCUUUACAAGAUUUUACUCUCAUUAGAUUCUUAGAUAGAUUUGUGUACAAGAAUCCCAAGAAGGAUGUUGAAAAAAUGAACCCUACUGCAGUUACGCUUGGAAGUCGAGCUUAUUACACUCCAGAUGGUGCACGAGGAAUUGCUGUAAAUAGUAGUGAUUUCAUUAAGUUAGAGGGUGAUGCAGUCCCGGAAGACCAAAAAUUUUUCCAUAGCUAUUUUACAAAAUUCAAAACUGAGGUAAAAAAGAGGGAAAAAGAUGAUGAUGAAGACAGCGUGGAUGAUGAUGAAUUUGACGAGUACCUUAAUAAAGUCAGUGGUGUAAAAAGUGACGAGUCAGACAUUGAUGAAGAUAUAGAUUUUUCUGCUGGGACAUCUGGUGUUCCUAAGGGUUCAGGUGAAGACGCUAUGGAAAGUGAUGAGGACUUAGGUGCCAGUGAUGAUGAAGAACCAGUUUUUGGAGGUUAUUCCGAUGAUUCCGCAGAUGAUGAUUUCGGCAGCGAUAAGGAAGACUUGGACUUUGACGAAGAAAAUGUCGCUUUUUCAGAUGAUGAUGAUGACUAUGAUGAUGGUCCUACAACAGUCAAGAAAAAAGGAAAAUCAAAGUUUCAGAAGAAAGGAAAGAAAGAGUCUGAUUCAUUGGAGUCUAUGUUUGCAAGUGCAGAUGAUUUUGCUCACUUACUAGAAGACAAUGCAGAAGACGAUGCCGGUCUUCCAACAGCUACAUCGAGGGAACUUGCUAAUAAGGAUCAUGCUCAUGCCAAACAGUUGAAUUGGGAAGUUGAUCGCAAUGACAGAAUGAGUGACCGCGGUCGCUACGGAAAUCGAGGACAGUGGAAGAAAAGAGGACAAAAUAGACCAUCGAGAGGAUCAGGUGGUCAACAUCAUUUCAAAAACUUGGUCAGAGGACCAAAGCAUAAACCCAAUGUCAGAGGUAAAGGCUCCCUCAGAGGUAAAACCUCCUUCAGAGGUAAAGGCUCCUUCAGAGGUAAAAGCUCCUCUAGAGGUAAAAGAGGAAGAAGAAAAUAGUCUGUUUGCAGCCAGUAUGUUUCUUAAUUAUUCCUAAACUGUUGUUGAUUCAUGAUGUACGAAUCAUUUUAUAGAACAGAUUUUGACAUUUAGUUUUGUACAGAGAUUGUUCUGUCCUCUCAUAAAUGUAUAUAUCGGCAGUGUGUGUUAUCUUGGGAAUAGUCACACUGAAUAUGUAAAACAAUAGCAUAUGACAAUAUAAAACUGUAAGAUCCAUUACUAUAUUGUUAAGAGGUAAGCAUGUGUUUUAAAAUAAAGUUGUUGCUAAUUUUGUA